UAUUUAGCCGCGGUGAAAUCUAGAGGGAUGUAGUUGUUAUGGCAACUAGAAAAUGGCGAUUAUGCUAGGCAAGUUAUAUUACUCCCUCUGACAUUGUGUGGAGAGUAAAAGGUGAAGUGAAAAAACAUUGCAAUGAGUUCUGGGCGUCCUUGGACAAGGAGCAAGAUGGCGUCCAGUCAUGGCCGACCGAUGACCCGAGGCAAGCAGAGAGGCUUCUACUCUGAGAUUGUUGUGCCAGAAGCGUCCAAGCAAUUCCCGAAUCUGCAGCAAGGACCGGACACCCAGCACAAAACCAUUUGGAAGUCACAGCGUGAUGUUCACCUCCCCAGUGUGACAAAGUUCAAGACACCUGAUGACUUCUUGGACCAGCUCAAUGCUCAAGUGUACGGACCAACCACCCAACUCAUCACCAGCGAUGAAUUCUCUAAGGUGGCAUGGUCUCCAAAGGUGCAAGUACCGUACCAAGUGGUCAGUGGGUGUGUACCCAGGAAACUGGAAAUUGAGAGAAGGAAGAGGCAGUACAACAGACAAGCCAAAGAGCUGGAAAAUCUCUUGAAGCAGCACCAUGUAUCCACUCAGGAUCUGAUGCCCAUCACGGAUAAAACUUCCAAGGCUCUGCUCAACUUUAGAACUUCUUCAGAAAGUGGUAAACAGCCCACACCCACCUUUCCAAGUUUUCUGCCACUUGAGAUCUUUGAUAACACUGAGUUCGACUGUAGGGCACCAGAAGAGUGGAUCCAACUUGGUUAUGAGCCUGAUGGUACCAGAAAACCUGUUCCUGGAAAGGCCCUCCUGCCGGUGUUGGAGUCACCCCCUAACACCUCCACACACAUUACGCCCACACCUCCCAGUGGACAGCCACCCACGGACCCAAGUAGACCUCAAAGGAGGUUCAAGUCGGGUGGGAAUGUCGGUACUAGGAGCAGUCCACUGCCUCCACUACAGUCCAAGUCAACAGAAGCACUCAAACAAACGUAUGAGUGGGUGGAUGUUGGUAUGCUAGACUACAAUCCAGCUAACAAGCUCUACUAUAUUAAGAGGGUCCAUGUUCCAAACUAUAUCCUCCAAGCAAAAUCUCUUAAAUUCGAUUCUGAAGAAAAGUCUAAGGAAAGCUCAGACUCUGGUAGUGAGUCAAAUGGCAGUGGGAGUGGUGUGAAGCUUGAGAGUAGUAUGGAGGGUGAAGCUGGAGGAGCUAGUGACGGGGAACAAAUAGCACCUCAACCAAAAUUGUCCAUGCAGCAGGUUGCUAAUAAGAAGGAUGCCUCCAAGGACAGUGACAGGCACCAGCAAGCUCAGUCAGAGUCGGGGGACUGUAUUCACUACUGGCUGCCUAGAAUAAGAAUCAUGUUUGCAGCUGAAGACCCCACUGUGUUCGUUGAGAGGGUAGCUUUGGCUCACAAGACUAGGCAGAAGACUGAAGCCUUGUUGCGGUACCAUCUAUACGUGGAUUGCAUGCCCCCAGAGGGGCUACAAGAGAUGGACACUGGGACUGUGCACAGAGUGGUGGACGUGGCAAGGUCCUCAGAGAAACUUCGACAAGCAUGUCUUGAUGGCUACUCGGAUGCACUCUCUAAGGAAGUGCAGUUGGAGUUCACUCGCUCUAUGAACAGGAUCCUCUUUGAUAAGACAGUCACCUCUCAACCAGGCACCUUCCCUUUUGUCACUUUGCCUGAUCCACACGUGGAAAAUAUUCCUGAAAAAGGUAAACACCAUGAUGUCCCUACAUUCCCGUUUGCCGAGAUUCGUAAAAAGUUUCAGUUUCUCUCCCUCCUCACAAGCCCUGAAGCAAUAUCAGUACUUGAGAUACUCAGAAUAGAGUGUGAACGUGUAGGUGACAUGUCUUUGUUCCAUACUGGAGCAAGCAAGCAUCUCAAACUGGAAGAGUUUGAUUCAGCUCAGCAGCAAGCUUCUGUGCAGGUUCAGACCUAUUUGACUGAGACGUGGGUGUCCAGUCUACGCUCGUCCAUCCAUAGCUGUCUGGAGGCAGUGAGCAAAGGCUGGUUCAACCUGAAUGAGACGAGCUUUGAAGUUUACCAGGUAUCAAAGCUCAAGAAACUUUUGGAGCUCAUCAAGUAUGCCAUGCAGGACUCCCUACGCAGUCUAGUGUUGGACUCUCUGGCGUCGUUUGUGGAGAUGAUCCACUCUGCCUGUGUCUCCACACUGGACUUGCCUGCUGACUACCAGUGGACUUCGCCACUCACCGAGUCACCUUAUCUGCCGUUGCAUGGCCCUAUGUUCUACAUGGAACUGCUCCUAGACAAAGAUGGCUGUCACUACACAACAGACCUGGCCACAGUCCAGCCCAUCCUAGUAACUGUGUUUGACAGGGGUAUCAACGCCACUCAUAGUGUCCCUCAGCUGGAGAAGUUCAUAGUGGACAAGCUGUUUUGGCCAGAGACAUUGCUACUCGAGGCAGUUGGACAACAUGAGCCCCAGGUGGACGCCCUCAGGGAGAGAAUGUCCACAAACAUCUCAGCAGCCAUCAUUCCAGCGAAAGCCUAUGCUCAACAAUAUAUUCCCUAUCUGGACCUCAUAAACCUUGACAUCAAGGUUUACAUCAGUGGUUUCUCUGGAGAGGAGGAGAAGAGCACUUCUCAGAUUAGAGCUGAGAUAGACUCCCAUCUUGAGGGCAAGACUCGUGUAGAGAGCAGCCUGCCUCAGUCCAUCACCAUAGGACCAUUCUUCAUCAACACUGACUCUGUGAGACUGGCACUUUCUAAGAAACACAAGGACAUUGCCAAAGCACUGCUCGACUUCCUUGUGGAUAAACUGAGGAAGGAUUCUGAGCAGAUCUGUGAUGACUUCAAGGAGAUAGCAUACAAACUUCGUGAGCGCUCCAACACCAUAGAAGACCUCACAGAGCAGAGGGAGUAUAUUAAAACUGUCCCAGAGCUGAUCAAUGGAUUCCAAGCCCAGAUUGAUCAGGCCAUGGGAGACUAUGACCUCAUUGAUGAGUACUUCUAUCCUCUCUCAGAUGAUGACUUCAACAACCGCUGGGACACCCUGGCAUGGAACAAGCGUAUAAUAGACCAGAUUGAGACCACUGAGACUCAAUUGGAGCAAGAUGAACAGAAGUUCCACAAGAAACUCAUCGAUGAUCAGACACAACUAGAAGACAAACUGGACACCUUGCAGAUGAUAGUGGCUGGAUUUUCUGGUCGCACUGAUCUGAGCAAAGCUGCUGAAACGUCUAAUGAGGUGAGGAGGGUCAUCAAGGACCUCAAAGAGUGUCAAGCUCAGGCCUUGCUCUACAACCAGAGGGAGAGGCUCUUUGAAAUGCCAGUCACACAGUAUGACAAGGUUGGUAAGCUCAACCGAGAAUUUGAGCCGUUCAAGAAUCUGUGGGUAACUGCUGCUGAUUGGCUCAAGUGGUACGAGGCCUGGAUGAAUGACUCCCUCAUGAACAUUGACCCUGAGCUCCUUGCCACCAAUGUCAACAGCGCCUUCAAGGUCAUGCACAAGAGUGUCAAGUAUUUCAAGGAUAUUCCUGGGUGUCUGGAUGUAGCCAGUCAGAUCAAGAAGCAGAUUGAAGAGUUCAGGCCUUACAUUCCACUCAUUCAGGGUCUCAGGAACCCCGGAAUGAGAAACAGGCAUUGGCAGAAGUUGUCUGAUGACUUGGGUAUAGUGGUUCAGCCGAAACCCACUCUUACCUUUGCUAAGUGUCUGGAGAUGGGGCUGGAACAGCAUAUUGAGGUUAUUGCCAAGGUGGCUGAGGUAGCUGGGAAGGAGUUCUCUAUCGAACAGGCUCUGGACAAGAUGGAGGCUGAGUGGGAACCGAUGCUAAUGGAGAUCAUAGCCUACAAGGACACUGGCACCUUUAUCAUGAAGACUGCUGAGGAAACAGCUCAGAUGCUGGAUGACCACAUUGUCAUGACUCAGGCUAUGUCUUUCUCGCCCUAUAAGAAACCAUUUGAGGGUAGGAUCACUGCCUGGGAGAACAAGCUCAGAACUACUCAGGAUGUGAUGGAGGAGUGGGCCUUGUGUCAACGAAGCUGGCUUUAUCUGGAGCCCAUCUUCUCCAGUGAGGACAUUAUGAGACAGCUCCCAGUGGAGGGCAAGCGAUACCAGACAAUGGACCGGAUGUGGCGAAAGAUUAUGCAAAAUGCCAAGAGCGAGCCCAAAGUUAUCACAUUCUGCUCAGACAACAGGCUGCUAGAAAACUUUAGAGAGUGUAAUAAGUUGUUGGAUCAAGUACAGAAGGGACUCAGUGAUUAUCUAGAAACCAAAAGAAUGGCCUUUCCACGGUUUUACUUCCUCUCGGAUGAUGAGUUGUUGGAAAUCCUCUCCCAGACUAAGGACCCCACUGCUGUACAACCUCAUCUGAGGAAGUGCUUUGAGAACAUUGCUAAACUCCAAUUCGAAGAGGACCUUGCUAUCAGCAAGAUGUUCUCUGGGGAGGGAGAAAUGGUGCCAUUCUCAGAGACUAUCUACCCGACUGGUAACGUGGAGGACUGGCUUCUUAAUGUGGAGAAACUCAUGCAGAAGUCACUCAAAAGGAUCAUCCAGGAUGCUUUAGAGGACUAUGAUAAGGUUCCCCGUACAGAGUGGGUGUUGAAGUGGCCUGGCCAGGUAGUGAUAGCUGGCUGUCAGACGACCUGGACUACUGAGGUGUCACAAUCUCUGGAGGAAGGCAUCAUUGCUGAUUACUACCAGACCAUGCUCAAGCAGCUUGCUGACCUGGUAACGCUGGUUCGUGGAAAGCUGACCAAGCUCCAUCGAACCAUCUUGUCUGCCUUGAUCGUGAUAGAGGUCCAUGCUAGGGAUGUAGUUAACAACAUGCUCGAGGAGAAUGUUAAGAACGUCAAUGAUUUUGAGUGGAUCUCCCAGCUACGCUAUUACUGGGACGGUGAAUUGCUGAUGAGGGCAGUAAAUGCCCAAUUCAACUACGGGUAUGAGUACCUGGGCAACACUGGUCGUUUGGUCAUCACCCCCCUUACUGACCGAUGCUACCUCACACUCACUGGAGCACUCCACCUCAAGUUUGGGGGAGCCCCAGCUGGUCCAGCAGGCACCGGCAAAACAGAAACUGUUAAAGAUCUGGCGAAGGCCAUGGCCAUCCAGUGUGUGGUGUUUAACUGUUCUGAUCAGCUGGAUUUUAUGGCUAUGGGAAAAUUCUUCAAGGGUUUGGCCAGCUCUGGAGCAUGGGCUUGUUUCGAUGAAUUCAACCGGAUCGACAUUGAAGUGUUGUCUGUAGUGGCCCAGCAGAUUACCACCAUUCAGAUUGCACAGCAACAAAAGCUGGAGCGGUUCAUGUUUGAAGGCAUGGAGAUAUCCCUCAAGGCUUCCUGCUCUGUAUUUGUCACUAUGAACCCUGGCUAUGCUGGUCGCACUGAGCUACCAGACAAUCUCAAAGCUCUCUUCAGACCAGUGGCUAUGAUGGUGCCCAAUUAUGCCAUGAUUGCUGAGAUCAUGCUGUUCUCUUUUGGGUUCUCUGAUGCAAAGGUCCUGUCAAAGAAAAUCACUACCACAUUCAAGCUGUCUUCGGAGCAGCUCAGCUCACAGGAUCAUUAUGAUUUUGGUAUGAGGGCUGUGAAAACUGUGAUUUCUGCCGCUGGUAACAUCAAAAGAGAAUUCCCAGAUAUGGAUGAGGAACUAAUUGUCUUGCGUGCCAUCCGUGAUGCCAAUGUUCCAAAGUUCCUAAUGGAGGACUUGAAGCUAUUUACUGGCAUCGUGUCGGAUCUGUUCCCCAAAAUACAAGACGUCCCAGUAGACUAUGGGGAGAUGGAGUUGAGUAUCAGAGAAAAGAGCAUUGAGCAUGGAUUGGAGGAUGUGGAAGGUUUUGUGAAUAAGUGCAUUCAGCUGUAUGAGACCACCGUAGUACGUCAUGGGCUCAUGUUGGUAGGGCCCUCCCUAUCUGGCAAGACAAAGUGUUACCACGUCCUGCGGGAUGCUCUCUCCUCACUUAAGGGGAAAAGUACUCCCGGAGGAGUACCUUUUGAACAGGUCUACUCUUUUGUGCUCAAUCCAAAGUCUAUCACCAUGGGUCAGCUAUAUGGAGAGUUUGACGCUAUGACCCACGAAUGGACGGAUGGAAUCCUUGCUUGCCUUAUUCGGGCUGGUGUGGCAGCAGACAAUUCUGACAAGAAGUGGUUUGUAUUCGAUGGUCCAGUAGAUGCCAUCUGGAUCGAAAACAUGAACACCGUCCUUGACGAUAACAAAAAACUCUGUCUGAGCAGUGGAGAGAUCAUCAAACUCACUGAGGCAAUGACAAUGAUGUUUGAGGUGCAGGAUCUUGCAGUUGCCUCGCCUGCCACUGUCAGUCGAUGUGGCAUGGUCUACCUGGAGCCCUCCAUACUAGGUCUUACUCCAUUUGUACGCUGCUGGCUCAAGCAACUACCCUCAGCGUUGGCCCCUUACAAAGAACAGUUCGAAAUUUUGUUUCACAAUUUCAUGGAGCCAAGUAUUAAAUUUUUGAGGAGAAACCUGAAGGAGUUUGUGCCGACCAGUAAUGGCAGUCUGACCUUUUCACUCCUGAAACUUUUAGAGAGCUUCUUUGUGCCUUUCAUACCACGUGAUGGCGAGAAUAUUCCCACUGACAAAUUGAAUGCAAUAGCCAAACUGGUGGAGCCCUGGUUCUUGUUCUCUGUUGUCUGGGGCAUCGGGGCCACAGUCGAUGCUGCCUCCAGGAUGAAGUUUGACGUGUUCCUCAGGGAAAAAAUCGAAGAGCACAAUAUCAAAAUGCCUUUUCCAGAGGGUAGUAUAGUGUACAACUACCGUCUCGAUGACGGGGGAGCCAGCAAGAGAGAAGACGAUGACGACGAUGACAAGAAGAAAAAUAAGGCUCAGAUUCGUUGGAUUGGGUGGAUGGAGGACAAGCCUGAGUUUGUGGUGGACCCUACCAUGAGAUUCUCCGAUAUCAUUGUUCCCACAAUAGACACUGUCAGAGCUCACUUUUUAUUGGAACUACUCAUCAAUAGUUCUAAGCAGGUUUUGUGUGUGGGGCCCACUGGUACUGGCAAGACUCUGACCACCUCCGACAAGCUCCUUAGAGGCAUGUCCUCUACCUACCUUUCCCACUUCAUUGCCUUCUCUGCCCAGACAUCAGCCAACCAGACACAGGACAUCAUAGACUCAAAGUUGGACAAAAGGCGCAAGGGAAUAUUUGGUCCUCCUCUUGGCAAGAAGUUCAUCCUUUUCAUUGAUGAUCUUAACAUGCCAGCCUUGGAGGUGUACGGGGCCCAGCCUCCCAUAGAGCUGGUCAGACAAUGGAUGGACCAUGGUGGGUGGUACGACAGGAAAGCAAUCGGAUCAUUUCGUAAAUUAGUGGAUAUUUCAUUUGUGUGUGCCAUGGGACCUCCUGGUGGAGGCAGGAACCCCAUCACCCCUCGACUUCAGAGGCACUUUAACAUCCUAUCCUUCACUGAACUUGAAGAUUCUUCUAAAGAAAGGAUAUUUUCUGCCAUAAUGAACUCAUGGCUGACGAGCUUCCCUGAUGCCGAGGCAACCAUCCUCACAUUAGUGAAAGCCACCAUCAAGGUCUACACCACUAUUACCACUGAGCUACUACCCACCCCUGCCAAGUCACACUACACCUUCAACCUCAGGGACCUCUCUAAAGUCUUUCAGGGAAUGCUUAUGGUAACAUCUACAAGAAUCAAGGAGCUGCCAUCCCUACUCAAGCUGUGGUGCCAUGAAUGUGGUAGGGUGUUUGAGGACCGUUUGGUCAGUACUGAGGACAGACAAUGGUUUCAACAGCUCCUUCGGGGUCGACUUUCCGAUGAGUUUAAGUCCAGCCCCGACGAUAUCCUUGGAGAAGGUAUCCUCCUUUAUGGGGACUUCAUGGCCCCCAAUGCUGAUGUCAAGGUCUAUGAUGAGAUUACGGACUAUGAAAAGAUGAAGAAAAUCUGUGAGGAGUACCUUGAUGACUACAACCAGAUUAAUACAGCUCAGAUGAAGCUAGUUCUGUUUUUGGAUGCUCUACGUCAUGUGUGUCGUAUUUCCAGAAUCAUUCGUCAGCCUUUAGGCAAUGCACUGCUACUUGGUGUGGGAGGUAGUGGCAGACAGAGCUUGACAAGACUCUCCGCUCACAUGGCAGAGUAUGAUCUGUUCCAAAUUGAGCUUUCCAAGAACUAUGGCACAACUGAAUGGAGGGAGGACAUCAGGAACUGCCUCAUGAAAGCUGGUGCUGAGAACACUCAAGUAGUGUUUCUAUUCUCUGACACUCAAAUUAAGAGUGAAUCUAUGUUGGAAGACUUGAACAAUAUCCUCAACUCUGGUGAUGUGCCUAACAUAUACGCAUUAGAGGAUAUGGACCGGAUCUAUAACGACAUGAAGCCUCUGGUACAAGAUGCUGGGCUGCAACCUACAAAGUCCAACCUGUUCUCAGCUUACACGAAGAGGGUCAAGAGCAACAUCCAUGUAGUCAUUUGCAUGAGUCCUAUUGGAGAGGUAUUCCGCUCCCGUCUCCGUCAGUUCCCCAGCUUUGUGAACUGUUGCACUAUAGACUGGUUCUCUGAGUGGCCUGAUGAGGCUCUCAAGUCAGUGGCUCAAAACUUUAUACAGGAGAUCACUGAGAUUGAAAAUCCUGACACCAUACCAGGGCUGGUUGAUACCUGUGUAGUCAUUCAUCAGUCGGUUGCAAAAAAGUCAUUCCAGUACAAGGCUGAGCUGUCACGAUAUAACUACGUCACUCCCACAUCUUAUCUGGAGCUUCUUGGAAUAUUUAGUAAAAUGGCUAAGAUGAAACAAACGGAGCUGAGCACGCAGAGAGACAGAACUAAGAUUGGAUUAGAUAAGCUAUUAACAACAGCUGGUGAAGUAGGCAAGCUUCAGGAAGAGCUGGAAGAAAUGCAGCCACAACUGGAGGCGGCUCAGAUUGAGACUGAACAGAUGAUGGAGCAGAUCCAAAAGGACUCUGUGGUGGCCAAUGAGACAAAGGCUGUGGUCCAGACAGAGGAGGAGGAAGCGACUGUUAAAGCUGAGAAGACCCAGGCUAUUGCUGACGAUGCUCAGAAGGACCUGGAUGAGGCAUUGCCUAUGUUAGAUGCUGCCCUCGCUAGUCUAAAGUCACUGAACAAGAAUGAUGUUGUAGAGGUGCGAGCUCUGCAGAGGCCCCCUAUGGGUGUCAAGCUGGUCAUAGAUGCUGUGUGCAUCAUGAAGGAGAUCAAACCCAAAAAGGUGCCUGGAGAAAAGCCAGGAGUCAAGAUCGACGACUAUUGGGAAGUAGGAAAAGCCGCACUGCAAGAACCAGCAAAGUUUUUGGACAGUCUUUACAAAUUUGAUCGUGAUAAUAUUCCAGACAGUGUCAUCACAAAGAUUCAGCCGUACAUUGACAAUCCUGAUUUUUCAACAGAAAAUAUCUCCAAGGUGUCUAAAGCAUGUACAUCCAUCUGUCAGUGGGUGAGAGCCAUGCACAAGUUCCACUUUGUGUCCAGGGCUGUGGCUCCAAAGAGGGCUGCCCUAAAAGAGGCCAAGGAAAGUCUCGACAAUACUCUUAAGCUGCUGAAUGAUGCCAAAACACGAUUGAGGGAGGUGGAGGAGGGGAUAGCUGCUCUGCAGGCGAAGUACAAGGAGUGUGUGGCCAAGAAAGAAGAGCUCAAGGAAAAGUGUGAUCUCUGUGCUGCCAGACUAACAAGAGCUGAGAAGCUCAUUGGAGGUCUGGCUGAUGAGAAGAUCCGUUGGAAAGAGUCAGUAGACAACUUUGACAAACUCCUGGUCAAUGUUAUUGGUGAUGUCAUGAUGUGUGCUGGAGUGGUGGCUUACCUUGGAUCGUUCACUGGAGAAUAUCGUGUAGCAUUAGUCGAAUCAUGGCAAGCGUCCUUAAUAAUUUCCAAGGUGCCUCACACAGAGGGUGCCAACCUGUUUUCAAUCCUGGCAGACCCAGUUAAGAUCAGAAACUGGCAGAUAGCUGGUCUACCAAGAGACACUCUGUCUGUGGAGAAUGGUAUCAUAGUUCAAUUCUCACGAAGAUGGCCACUCUUCAUUGACCCUCAGGGACAGGCCAACAAAUGGGUCAAAAACAUGGAAAAGGACAAGGGUUUGGAUGUGGUCAAACUCACUGAUAAGGACUUCCUCCGUAGCUUAGAAAAUGCCGUUCGUUUUGGGAAGCCUUGCUUGCUGGAGAAUGUAGCUGAAGAGCUAGACCCUGCAUUGGAGCCCAUAUUGUUACAACAAACCUUCAAACAGGCUGGCAGCACUGUCAUCAAACUGGGAGAUUCUGUCAUCCCAUACCACGAUGAUUUCAAAUUCUAUAUCACCACCAAGCUUCCCAACCCUCACUACACCCCAGAGGUUUCCACCAAGGUCACCCUUGUAAACUUUACCCUCUCUCCAAGUGGUCUGGAGGACCAACUCCUCGGUAUAGUGGUGGCAGAGGAGAGGCCUGAUCUGGAAGAGGCCAAGAAUGCACUAAUUGUGAGUAAUGCCAAGAUGAAGCAGGAGCUUAAAGAGAUAGAGGACCAGAUUCUUUAUCGUCUCAGCAAUGCGGAGGGUAACCCUGUGGAUGAUGUGGACCUUAUCAAAGUACUUGAGGCCUCUAAGAUAAAGUCACAGGAGAUAUCCGCUAAAGUGGCAGAUGCUGAAAAAACUGAGGUGGAGAUUGAUGAGACCCGUAGCAAGUACAUCCCAGUGGCAACUCGCACUCAACUCCUCUUUUUCUGUACCACUGAUUUGUCCAGCAUCGACCCCAUGUAUCAGUACUCCCUUGAAUGGUAUAUUCGCAUCUUCCUUGGCUCUAUAGCCUCCGCUGAGAAGUCAGAUUACCUUGAGGAACGUAUCCACAAUAUCAAUGAGUACUUCACCUUCAGUCUCUAUUCCAAUGUGUGUCGUUCCUUGUUUGAGAAACACAAGCUCCUCUUCUCAUUCCUACUCUGUGCACGGAUCUUGCAGAAUGACAAUAAAAUUAAUAUGGAUGAAUGGCGUCACCUAAUAGCUGGAGGUACGACCAUCCCCAAACAGCUUCCCAAUCCUGCUCCAAACUGGAUAUCAGAUCGCAUGUGGAUGGAUCUGCUCGGUCUCACUGCUCUGCCAUGCCUGGCCACACUGCCUGAAGAGUUCCUGGACAACAUAGAGGGUUUCAAGAGGAUGUUUGAUAGCAAUGAGCCACACAGAGAACCUUUACCAGGUCACUGGGCCACCGAUUUGGAUGAGUUCCAGAAACUGCUAAUGGUCAAGGGUGUGCGUGCUGAUAAACUCACUAACGCCAUGCAGGAUUUUGUGGCCAGCAAGUUGGGCCAGCGUUUCAUUGAGCCCCAGACCGCAGAGCUGGGUUUGGUGUUCAAGGAUUCAUCCACUACAACACCACUCAUUUUUGUGCUCUCUGCUGGCACUGACCCAGCCGCUGACCUCUACAAGUUUGCGGAGGAGAUGAAGUUCCAGAAGAAAUUGUCUGCCAUCUCCCUGGGUCAGGGUCAAGGUCCCAGGGCAGAAGCUAUGAUGAGACAGGCCAUGGAUCGAGGUCGCUGGGUUUUCUUCCAAAACUGCCAUCUCUCCCCUAGCUGGAUGCCCACUCUCGAGAGACUUAUCGAGCAAAUCGAUGGAGACAAGGUGCAUCGUGAUUUUCGGCUGUGGUUGACUAGCAUGCCUAGCCCCAAAUUCCCUGUGUCAGUACUGCAGAACAGCUCUAAAAUGACCAUGGAGCCUCCUCGAGGGAUCAAGGCCAAUCUCCUUAAGUCAUUCAUUGGGUUCAAUGAUGAAUUCCUCAGCAGUAACUCCAAGCAAUCUGACUUCAAGUUCCUGCUCUUCUCACUGUGUGUAUUCCACGGUGUGACACUGGAAAGGAAGAAGUUUGGAGCUCUGGGAUUCAAUAUCCCCUAUGAGUUCACGGAUGGGGACCUUAGGAUCUGUGUCAGCCAGCUCAGCAUGUUUCUGGACGAAUACUCAGAGAUGCCGUUCAAGGUUUUGAAGUACACAGCUGGGCACAUCAACUAUGGUGGUCGUGUAACUGAUGACUGGGACAGGCGUUGCAUCAUGAAUAUCCUCAACGAUUACUACUGCCAGGACGCUCUCAGUGAGACCUACUUAUUUUCGGAGUCGGGUGUUUUUCACCAGCUACCACCAGAUGCUGACUAUAAAGCGUAUAUGAACUACAUUCGUUCCCUGCCUAUCAACAGCAACCCUGAGAUAUUUGGACUUCACGACAAUGCCAAUAUCACCUUUGCGUUAAAUGAGACCUCUCAGCUACUCUCAGGAAUUCUGAAACUGCAGCCAAAGUCAACUUCAGGCGCUGGAACUUCUAGGGAAGAUGUUGUUGAGGAUGUUGUGAAGAAAGUGAUGGAGAGUGUCCCUAAGCCACUGCCCAUAGCUGACAUCAUGGAAAAAUACCCAGUCACGUACACAGAAUCCAUGAAUACAGUGUUAGUGCAGGAAGUCAUUCGCUACAACCGACUCUUGAAAGUGAUCCACUCCUCACUGCAAGACUUGAAGAAGGCUCUGAAGGGCCUAGUGGUCAUGUCUGAAGCUCUGGAGACUAUGUUCAACAGUAUUUACAACAAUGAGGUCCCUGAAAUGUGGGCUGCCAAGGCUUAUCCCUCUCUCAAACCACUGGCUACCUGGGUGCUGGAUCUGGAGGAAAGAAUGAAAUUCAUCCAGGGCUGGAUUGAUGAUGGAAUUCCCCCUGUCUUUUGGAUUUCCGGAUUUUUCUUUCCACAAGCUUUCCUGACUGGAACUCUGCAAAAUUUUGCUAGAAAAGCAGUCAUCUCCAUUGACAUCAUCAGCUUUGACUUCAAAGUGAUGAAGGAUCCCUACACAUCCUACACGUCUCGACCAGAAGAUGGUUGUUACAUCCGAGGAUUGUUUGUCGAGGGUGCAAGAUGGGACAUGGGCUCAUUCGAAUUAGCUGAGUCUCGACCUAAGGAGCUCUACACUGACAUGCCUGUUAUGUGGCUCGUCCCGACUGCAGACAGGAAGCAGCCAGAGUGUGGGAUCUACAUGUGUCCUGUCUACAAGACACUCACUCGAGCAGGCACAUUGUCUACCACUGGUCACUCCACCAACUAUGUGAUUGCAGUUGAAAUUCCAUCAAGCAAGCCGCAGUUCCACUGGAUAAAGCGUGCAGUGGCCCUCCUCUGUGCACUCAACUACUGAACACUUCCAUAUGAUUUUAACUCAUUACAUUAGUUCGAACUCACAUAGAUCUACAUGUAAAAAUUAAUAAUGAUGCAUGAUUUUUAUUAAUGAAUGCAAUUACGCAA